CUGAGAUCCUGCGCUGUGAUUGGCUGAGAGGCUGUGCAUAGUCAGACACUGAUGAUCAAUCAUUUGGACAUACAAAAUCAGUAAUCAAUAUUAAUUUAAGUCAAGAGUUUAUAUUCUUAAAGAUAAGGUUUGCUGUGUGUUUUCGUGAAUACUUAGUGUAGAUCAGUGUCAUCACGUUUUAUUUUGCGUCGUUCAAUCAGCUAUCAAAACAUUAAUAAAUGAGACCUUGAUGAAUCAACAUGUUUUGAGCCAACAGUAGGCAGAACAGAAGUGUACAACGUCAUUGUACAAAACAAUUGUUUUGUGGAUGAAGCUCAGAAUGAGACCAGAGGCUGGACCCUAAAACAAUGGAAUGCUGAAUAAGACAUUUUUUGGACCAAAAUGGUACAUAUAACUUUGAUGAAGUGAAAUAACUUUAAAAAGGGUGAAAGUAAAAUAAAAGAUGAACAACGCUUUAGUGCGGCCCUCAAAAUCAGCGUGUAGCCCCGCCCCUGUAGCCUCCCCUGCUUUAUAGUCCGUUUGACUUUAAAUGGACCAUAAUUUACUAAAUGAACAUCACGCUGCAUUGCAACUAGUGAUUGAGACCAUAAACUCAUGCUUACAAUGUUUACUGAGGGAAUAAAUCAAGUGAGAAGUAAUUAUUUUCUCAUAGAUUUCUAUGGGACCCGAGGAGUCGCCCCCUGAUGGUCACUGCAGAGAAUGCGGCAGUUUUUUUCAUGAUGAUGCAAUAUUUUUAAUAUUUCAUCUCAUGUUUAUGAGCAGUUGUUUACUUCUGUUAACAUUACAGUGGGUUAAAUGUUUCACUUUGCCUCCAGAUUAAAAAACCACACCUGGAUUCAGAUUAAACUCAAUAGAUAAUUAAUAAUCAGGUGUUUCUUUACUCAAGAAAAACCUAGGGAACCUUGCGAUGUCAGCAUCCAGGUCCCUCAUGGUCCAGGUCCCUCAGAGUCCAGGGUCCAGGUCUGUGACAAAAAAAAAUAUUGUUAUUAUUGUAAUAAUCAUUCUAUGUAUGAAAAGUUAUAUUAUCAUUAUCCUUAUUAUUACUACCACUAUUGUCAUGAUUUUUAUUAUUGUUCUAAUUACCAUUAUUGUAAUCUGUAUUAAAUGUAGAUGAUAAAUUGAAUAAAAAGAAUUCACGUGUACAACCAGUUUGAUUGUGGUGUCAUAGAUCAGUAAUGAAAAUCAUGCAACAAAUAGAGUAAGCUAUCAUCAUUAUUAUUGUUAUCAUUAUUGUUAUUAUUAUUGUAAUAUGUAUUGAACACAGACUUUUUAUAUUCCCCUUUAUAGGAAAUUUGUUUCUGUUGAUCAUUUAAACAUUUUUGUAAAUUGUGGAAAAAAGCACCUAUACUUUAACAUGUAAAAUUCAAUGUGCUCAGAUCUCAGAUCCAUGGAGGAGGACCCAGGUCUGAUAGCAGCUGAUUGAUUAGUUAAGACUACAGGUGUCCAGGAGGAAGUCUCAGCUUCAGCACGUCUUUAGUGAACACAGGAAGUGAUCAGUCUGUGUAACCUGGUUACACUUUGGACCUCAGUUGUAAUCAAUAAACAAUAAUUGCUGCUGGUUAGCCGCUUGUGUUAGAGGUAGUCGGUCACCUGAGCUGGUGUCUGUGUGUGGUUAAUAAUCUGUGGUUGAUGUAUGUGGACUUUCACCUAAAACUCUCUGUCUACUCGUGUCUUCAGUAUUUGCUGCUUGAUCGGGUGCAGGUGAAAUGGAGGAUGCUUCUAAGAGUCAUGAUAAUACGGCAGACAGUGUCAAGCUACCAAUGGAAGGUAAAGGAAAAAAACAGCCAAUAGAAAAGCAGGUGGCAAGGUCAGACAUGAUUUACACCAUAGAAGACGUCCCACCAUGGCACCUGUGUAUUCUACUAGGACUACAGCACUACCUCACAUGUUUCAGUGGAACUGUGGCGGUGCCCUUUCUCCUGGCAGAGGCCAUGUGUGUUGGUCGCGACCCGAACACCGUCAGUCAGCUGGUGGGAACCAUCUUCACCACAGUGGGCAUCACAACCCUGAUUCAGACCACCGUGGGGGUCAGGCUUCCUCUCUUUCAGGCCAGUGCGUUCGCUUUCUUGAUUCCUGCCCAGGCGAUCCUUAGUCUGGACCGCUGGAAGUGCCCAAGUGAGGAGGAAAUUUAUGGGAAUUGGACUCUACCACUUAGCACCUCACACAUCUGGCACCCACGGAUCAGAGAGAUCCAGGGCGCCAUCAUCGUGUCCAGUGCUGUGGAAAUUUUGAUUGGGCUUUGUGGGUUGCCAGGUUUGCUGCUGGAGUACAUUGGCCCCCUCACCAUCACUCCAACUGUCUCACUGAUUGGCCUGUCUGCGUUUUCAAUAGCUGGCGACAGGGCUGGGUCUCACUGGGGCCUGUCAGCACUGUGUAUUUUUCUCAUUGUGCUCUUUGCUCAGUACCUGAGAGAGACCUCACUUCCUGUUCCUGUUUACACAAGGAAGAAGGGACUGACCUCCACUAGUGUGCAGCUCUUCAAAAUGUUUCCAAUCAUCCUUGCCAUCAUGUUAGUUUGGCUCAUUUGCUACGUUCUCACGCUCAACAACCUGUUGCCGAGCAACUCUGAGAGUUACGGACACAAGGCUCGUACCGAUGCCCGUGGUGACAUCGUGACUUCGUCCCCCUGGUUCAGAGUACCCUAUCCCUGCCAGUGGGGGUUGCCGGUGGUAACGGUUGCCGGAGUGUUGGGGAUGCUGAGUGCCACCAUGACCGGCAUCGUGGAAUCGAUUGGUGAUUAUUAUGCCUGUGCUCGUCUCUCUGGAGCCACACCUCCUCCAGUCCACGCAAUAAACAGGGGGAUCUUCACUGAAGGUGUUUGCUGCAUAAUUGCUGGUCUUUUAGGGACAGGAAACGGCUCAACCUCCUCCAGUCCAAAUAUAGGAGUUCUGGGUAUCACAAAGGUUGGCAGCAGGCGAGUGGUGCAGUACGGAGCUGCUAUCAUGUUGAUUAUGGGUUCAGUCGGGAAGUUCACAGCUUUGUUUGCCUCUCUGCCAGAUCCGAUCCUUGGUGGAAUGUUCUGCACUCUUUUUGGUAUGAUCACAGCCGUCGGUCUCUCUAACCUGCAGUUUGUGGAUCUGAACUCUUCAAGGAACCUUUUUGUUUUGGGAUUCUCAAUGUUUUUCGGUCUGACUUUGCCAACGUACUUGGACAAACACCCCGAGUCCAUUAAAACAGGUCUUCCAGAGCUGGAUAACAUCCUGACGGUUCUUCUGUCCACUGAGAUGUUCGUUGGAGGUUUCCUGGCAUUUUGUCUCGACAACACGAUACCAGGUUCCAAACAGGAGCGCGGUCUAGUUGAGUGGGGGUCCUCUUCCGAUUCCUCCUCCUCCUCCUCCUCCUCGUAUGACCUCCCUUUUGGAAUGGGUGUGGUUGGACGGACUCGAUGGCUCAGACGCUUUCCCAUCAGUCCCUCCUUCACAGGUUUCAAGGCUUCUGCCCCCUCAAGGCUACCUGAGGAGGAGGAGGCUCCUGACAUGAACCCGCUCAGUACCAAGGUGUGACUAAGAUGUCAUCCGCCAAUGUCAACAAAAUCUGCAAUGUGAACUCUUUUAGCCUUUUAUUGACGUAAAUCUUCAGUUGAUAUGAUUUGUGAGUUCUAUUGUUGAUUCAUUAAUCAGCUAAUUUUACUACACUUCAUAUGAUUUGAACUCUAACCGGUCAGACAGACAAAUUGUUUAAUUUUUCAGUUUUUUAAAGUAUGACCAUGAUGUUUACUGCUGGAACUAGUCUACAAACUAAACCAACAUAAAAUUCUCCUUUCAUCAAUCAAAACCAAAAAUAAUAAAAGUUACAAAAUAUAUGCUUCUUUGAUGAAAACAAAUGUAUGUAGAAAUCAUCUUGUGGUUAGGAAUUUGAAGCAGACAAUGACUACAAUCUUUAAAAAAACAGGUUAUAGUAUUAACCAAAAAAUCCCUUAUACUUUCCGUUAAGCCUGUGAGGGUAUAAGGUUUCCAGUCUGUGGGUCCAUCUCCUCUACGCUGAUGGGCUGUGCUCCACCGCCUGUUGCCCUCUAGGCCUGCAUUCUAAAGGCCAUGUGAGCCAUGGAGUUUUAGAUGCUCAUAUAAGACACUAUUACAUUCCCAUUAUUUGUCUUAUAAAAGUGCUGCUUAAUUAUCAAAUGCAGCCUGUUUUUUGCCUUCCCAACUUAUAGUUUGUGGUAGGCCUUGCACCUGACAGUGUAGAUGACUUUGGAGUCUGCUCCACAUUAAAACCAAUACAUUUUGACAUCACAAGGGGACAAGUGGUAGAAGACUGCAUUCUCACACAGGAUUGGCUUCCCAACCCCGCCGGUCCACACACUACAGCCCCCAGAAUGCCUCACUGCACACCCAGCUGUAGGUUCUUAAGGGACCUAAUUGCAGCUGGGCUUAAAAGCCAGAGCACACGGCUAACAAAGGAAGAGCUGGAACUGAGCUCCCUGGUGGAAGGGCUUGAAUCAUGCAUUGGAGCAAAUGCCGGUUGCAAGAGAAGGACAGAACAGGCUGGCUGUGCUCAAGCUCCCUGACCAACAGGCACGCGCUCAGGGUGGCGAGGGAACCAACAGCAAAGCGACUAAUGUUAAUCAGCCGGAUUCUGUCUAUCGCAACGGCACGCGGCUAAUAUUUCCAAAGGAAUUAUCAGAGCAGUACUGGUUACUGCUCAUGCUGGUACUUCUGUGAUCUAAGCCCUAAUGUAACGAUGAACGCUUAAAUUGCAGGCAAAUGAAAAACAUUUAACCCAGCUAAUUAUCUCCUAAUAAGCCUAAUUGACUCAAAUUAUUUUCAGAACGCUGUGACACUGACUUUGCUACUCAUCUAAUCUCGCAGGUGUGUGUGUGCGUAUUUUGUCACAUGGUCUCAUUGCUGGAUAUAACUUUGCAAACUCUGAACUUUAAUCCUUUCAUUUACAUGGAGUGUUUCUACUUUAUCAGAUUUGCCCAUUCUGUGCUAUGGUUCAGGGAUGUUUGGCAACAAUUUAGAUAAGGUAUCAAAAAAAAUUCUCCUUUUACAGUAAUUUCCAAAUAGAUUUACUCCGUAGUAAUGUCAAUCAAAAUAAAUAGGUAACGGAAAUAUGUAAAGUUCAGCGAACAGACUAUGGAAGCAUUUUCAAAUUGAAGUCGUACUUUCUUAAUGUGGGUGUGUCAGUGACCCGAGUGGCUCAUUUUCCAGCAAGUUUCAUUUCGUGGCAAAGCCAAAAGAUAUCCCUGUUUUAGGAAUUUUACUUUUGUUUCCUCGUAUAGAUUUUCACUGCUUAAGAGUUUGAAAGUUCUUCAUGCCACCUGGAACUGAUGCCAUUAGUGUGCGAUGAGACGGGAAUAAAAGUGUUUGUCCCAGCAGCCCAAUGCUAGUCUACCCUGUCAGAUUUGACUUCUGUAAACUAUCCUGAUUAUCAUUUCGUUCCACAUAGUUCAUGGACUGUCGACUAAGGCUCUGUUACCCUUUUUUUGAGGUUGUGAAAACUCAACAAAAUGUGGAUGUUUGUCUGAGUUUCUCCUGAACCAUAUCUGUAUCUCCUGCGGCUUCGACGAAACGCAAAUAUCCUAGGUGAGGAUUUUGACCCUUUCUGAAUAGGGCAGGUAGAUCAAAAUGCCAAACUGGUUAGUUAAUGCGUAAAAUGUUUGACCUUUUGCCCCAUUUACUCAUUCCAGUUUGGUCAAUACGCGGUGGGCAAGAAACCUGUUGAAUUGUAUUUGCAUGGAGUACAACCCAAAAACUGACUGACUUGGGUUAAUGUCAAUACCUACACCACCACAGAGACACCGAUCAUGUCACCAACUGUGAGCCUUUUUCACAUUUUUGUAAGGUUUUGAAUUGUUUGGUCUAUUUAAGACAAUUGUGACCAUUGUUCUACAGUUUAAAUGGUUUGAAUUGUAUGUGUGUACCCUGUAAAAUUAAACUUUAAAUACACUUUACUGUAGUGACUGUAAUUAACACCAUUUUUAAAAUGAGUCAAAAUAAAGAACAAUUUUAUCUUAACUGAAAGUGAGUUUGUUGCAGAAUGUAUCACAAAUGGGAGCUUUUACUAGAAGUUUCUUAAUUUGAAUAAAGUGUUAUUAAAUAUCCUUCUGCUAAAGGUGUUUGUUUUUACUGUUCGCUGGAUAUAAAAUAGAAAAUGUAAGUAACUCUUGUUAGAAUAUUGACUCUGAAAUUUUAACCUACAGUGUUUGGGUUACACUGAAGGUUAAAGACCUUGUUUACUGGCUGUGUUGAAAUGUACACUUUGAGUGCCAAUUGAACUGUGUAUCUGGAAUGUAAUUGACAGUGGACUGACAACUGUCCAUGUAGUCUAGAAUUUUGGACACUACUGCAAUUCUGGAUUAUGCACGGUUGCCUUCAAAUGACCGAACUCCAGGUUAAAGGAGACUUAUGGAUGUUGGGGAGCAAAUUGGCGAAGCCUGGGCUUUUUUUUUUUUUUUUUUGAUGCUUGUGCAGGCUGAGCCAUUAGGCUCUAAUAAAACCCUUUCUAACAUUA